CCAAAUCCUCAGUUCUUCGUGUCGAUCACAAAGGCCUUUCUUCAUCUUCAACCUCCGGCCACUUCCCAGCUAAAAUGCCGCCGUCUAAAGGCAAAGGAAAGGGGAAGAAGAAAGGUAAAUCCAAGAAAACAAAAAACAGAGCUCCAGACGCAACAUGCAACUGCAUUUUACUAAGAGAAAUCAUCAUUGAUAUCCUUUCUCGUCUCCCAGUGAAGACCCUUUUACAAUUCAGGUGCGUUUGCAAGCCAUGGCGAAAACUCAUUACCAAACCCAACUUCAUUGACGCCCAUUUCCUCCAUUCCUCUUCUUUGCAGCCCAGUACCGGUUCUUCACCCAUUCUUUUACACACUCGCCAUCCCGAGUCCUCUGAUCAUCUACUCUCACUAAUCAACAUGUCCCCCGAGUCAUCAUCAGUUGUGGAACUUGAUAACCCUUUCCCUUUUUUCUUGCAAAAUAUGGUGGUUGUGGGUUCUUGCAAUGGCAUUGUGUGCCUUUGUCAGACACCUUUGGGUGAUGCCAUUAUUCUUUGGAACCCAGCUAUGAGGCAGUCUAGGAAUGUGCCGCUUUCGAAAAGCAAACCCAUUAUUGGAACAAUGACUUCUUGGUCUUGA